ACGCGCCUUCCCCCAAUCUGCCAGAGACAACAACAACAAACUGGAUUUGCCUCUCGUAAGUAUCAAAAUCCCACCUUCUCAUGGACUACGACUUAUGAUCCUACGGAUACCUUUACGCAUGCUACGAAACUCGGCAUGGAGAAGUUCUUGAGGGAUUGGCGGCAGGAUGCCCUCAAUAAACACCAGUACGACUCGGCCAUUUUCAUAGGAGACAAACUGUUGGCCUUAACAAAAAACGACAAAGACGCCUUUUGGCUUGCCCAAGUUCACUUCUCGACUGGUAACUACACGCGAGCCCAAAGUUUUCUCUCUAAACAAGACCUUAUCGCGCGGAACCCCUCAUGUCGAUAUCUUGCUGGACACUGUUUGAUCAAGCAAUCUCGAUUCGAAGAAGCACUUAAUAUCCUCGGCGAGAAGAACCCUACUCACCUCAUCACAAGCUCUAGUAAUAGCAGGCGAAAGUUGCAACACAACAAGGGGGGCUCGGCACACCAUGGGAAGACCGCUGCAAGGUUGGAGAGACACGAAAAAAGGGAUGAAGCGGCACAAGAAGACGCCGCGAACAUUCGAUUUGAAGCGGCAAUGUGCUUCCUUCGAGGACUAUGCUACGCGAAACAGAAUGCUUUCGACCGUGCAAAGGAAUGCUACAAAGAUGCUGUCCGAAUAGAUGUCCAGUGUUUCGAGGCCUUUGAGCAGCUCAUGAAGAACUGCUUGAUGUCACCAGACGAGGAAUGGCAGUUCUUAGAAUCCCUCGACUUCGAUGCCAUACAGAUCAACGACGAUACCUCAUCUUCCCAAGAAGCUGCCGAAUUUACGAAGAUGCUUUAUACCACUAGGCUGUCUAAAUACAAGAACCCCGCGACAUUUACAGCGGCCACCGAGACACUCUCUACUCACUAUAACCUCGCAAACAAUCCUGAUUUGCUGCUUUCCAAAGCAGACCUCUUGUUCACACAAUGCAGAUUCAAGGACGCAUUAGGAAUCACGAGCUCCAUACUACAAAAUGAUAAAUACAAUUUUAGCAUGUACCCCCUUCAUCUGGCAUGUCUGUACGAAUUGCAGCUCAAAAAUUCCCUUUUCCUUGUCUCCCACGACCUUGCAGAUAAUCACCCAGAAGAGCCAUGUGCCUGGCUUGCUGUUGGAAUAUACUAUCUUGCAAUCAACAAAGUUGCAGAAGCUCGACGGUAUUUCAGCAAAGCAAGCAUGAUGGAUCCACAUUUCGGGCCUGCAUGGAUCGGUUUUGCACACACAUUUGCGGCAGAAGGGGAACACGACCAGGCAAUAUCGGCCUAUUCGACAGCUGCGAGACUCUUCAUGGGUACACAUCUGCCUCAACUGUUCCUUGGAAUGCAGAAUCAUAUGUUGAAUAACAUGACCCUCGCGGACGAAUUCUUGAAGACUGCCUACGGUCUUUGUAAAACGGAUCCACUACUUCUCAAUGAAAUGGGAGUAGUCUUUUACCACCAAGAGCGUCUAGGGGAUGCAGUUUCCAUGUUCAGCAAGUCUCUAGAAAUUGCAGAUGAAAUUGAUAGUGAUUCUCAAGCUUGGAUCUCGACUCGAGCGAAUCUCGGUCACGCUUAUCGGAGAUUGCACCACUGGGAUCAGGCACUGGCUGAAUUUGACGAGGUGCUCAGACAAGGGGGAAAAGAUCCUUCGAUAUUCUGUGCCAAGGGCCUGGUGCUGAUGGAGCAGAGACGGCCAUUCGAUGCUGUUUAUGUAUUUCACGAAGCUUUGGCGAUAUCACCGCAGGAUGCAAUCGCGACAGAGCUCUUGAACAAGGCUCUUGAAGAAACUGCAGGUGGAAGUGCAGGUGGUAAUGAAGAAUUUGAGGAAGAUGAUGAUUUUGAGCGGGAAUUGACUAUGAAGAAAGCGGAGGCUGCUAGGACUGUCGCAGCGAUGCGAAAGGGGAAGGGAAAGGGAAAGUUGAGAGCGAGGAUCAGUAAUGGUCUUGGUGAAGAAGGUAAUAGUCUUAUGGACCUGAGUGAUGAUGAUUAA